AUGGCCAUGGGAAACAAAACGACAGUCAGCUAUUUUGUUAUGUCAGGGGUUUCCAGUUACAAACAGUUCCAGCCUUUCCUCUUUGUGGUCUUUCUACUUCUAUACCUACUAACUGUCAUGGGGAAUGGGGUGAUCAUGGUGGUCAUAAGAUCUGAUCCUCACCUUCACACUCCUAUGUAUUUUUUCCUCUUCCAUUUCUCCUUCAUAGAUAUUGGGUAUUCUUCAGUCACUGUCCCAAAGAUGUUGCAGAAUUUUUGGGCAGAUAAGAAAACCAUUUCUUUCCAUGCCUGCAUUAUCCAGAUGAGCUUACUUCUUCUGGGAGCCCGUGCAGAAGUUUUCAUGCUAUCAGCAAUGGCCUAUGAUAGAUACAUUGCCAUCUGUGAUCCACUGCAUUAUGAAGAGACGAAGAAUAAGCAAGUCUGCAUAAGACUGGUGGGGGGUACAUGUCUGAUCAGUAUAUUGAAUGCAGUAACAAACACUAUUCCUGUGUUACAUUUACAUUUCUGUGGGCCCAAUGAAUUGAACCAUUUCAGUUGUGAGUUCCCAUCUUUACUACAACUGUCCUGCACAGAUACUUUCAUCAACAAGAUGAUAUUUCUCAUUUCAGCUAUGCUUGUAUGUUUGACCCCACUGUCCAUCAUCCUGGUCUCUUACCUCUGCAUCAUCUCCACAAUCCUGAGGAUACGCUCUGCUGAGGGCCAGAGUAAAGCGUUUUCUACCUGCAGCUCCCAUCUCACUGUGGUUGUUUUGUACUAUGGGGCUGGUUUAUUUCGACAUCUGAGACCCAGUUCAGCCUCUUCGGUGGUUCUUGUCAGACUCUUCUCCAUCCAGUACAGUAUCUUAACUCCCAUGUUAAAUCCUAUCAUCUACAGCCUGAGGAACAAGGAGAUUGUUUUUCAGAUUAUGUGCUACAUUGCCCAUAACAUAAGAUAAAGUGGCACCAGCUAACAAGGCCC